AUGGGCGACCCACUGGGCGAACGCGCCUGGAUCCUGCUAUCAGGGAUCCAUUACCCAGGUGACCUGCCCGAUUGCCCUGACUCACUGGCUGCGGACCGUUUCUACCUGUACCAGGUGUCUGAAGCAGAAUAUGUUGUCAUGGAUAAGUUCUGUAGAUUGGAACCAGAACUCACUGUGCCAGUCACUUUGCUCAUGAACCCGUGUUUUGAGAUUGACCGAUGGUACUGGCGCCAUAUGGGCCUGCGACGUGGUUAUAGUAGGUGUGAGCUGCGAACAUUGGAACGUAAACGCACCUGGAGGUCUGGGUCAAUGGGUGACGUGCUAGCAGAGCACGCCACCUUCCUCUUGGACGCUAAGACCGACUACCUGUAUGAUGGACCAGUGUGUAAGUGUUGA